AUGGAUAGCGUCAUCAAUUACGUUGACGACUCCCAACCAGAACCAGUCCCAAUACCAGAUGCGCCCCAACCAGGUGACUGCAUCUAUUGUGCGGAUGAUCACUGUGAUGGGCUCUCCUGCACGCCACCCAGAGAGCAGGAUCUUUGUCGUACCACCACCACUGGCUACAUGGAUGCCUAUCUCCAUUACCUUGACAACCCUCAAUCGGUCCAAACAUCAGAUGAGCCGCAACCAGGUGACUGCAUCUAUUGUGCGGAUGAUCACUGUGAUGGAGUCUCCUGCACACCACCCAGAGAGCAGGACCCUCACAGGACCGCCGCCACUAACAAUAAUUCCAUCAACCGUGAGGUUGACAAUAAUCAAUCCACUCAAUGUCGUGACGAGUGGGACAACAUCGAUGUCUUAGUCCUCAUGGAAGGGAACGAAGCUCUUCGGGCACAGGUCGAAUGGCUCUGGAAGGAGCACAUCGACAUGAGCAAGGAGUACCGAGAAGAUGCCGGUAACGCGCAGAGAAAGAGCAAAGACCUUGAGCAGGAUAACGAAAUGCUUCUGGGUCUUAUUGAGCAGGACGAAAAGAACAUCGACAAAUUUGAGGAGGGGAACAGAACUCUUAAGGGGCUCAAAUCAUUUGAACGACACCUCCGAGAUGAGUAUGGGAAAGAUAUUGACAACUUAAACAAAAGGAUUGCAGUACUUGAAAAGGACAAGGAGAUGAUCACCUUGGCCUCAGAGAACGAACACGAGAUACGGAAAGAAAUUUCCAGGCUCAAAGCAUUCGAACGAUACAUGCGAGAUGAGUACGAAAAGAAUGAGGAUAAGUUAAACAAAAAGAUUAAAGCCCUUGAGAUGGACAAGAAGAUGAUCAACCUGGCUUCACAAAGCGAACGCGAGAUACUGAAGAGCGAAAUCUCCAGGCUGCAAAAACAAGUCGAGGACCAAAACCAAAACUCCGCCGCCUGUGUCUCAAACGCCCGCGACAACAUCGCUUAUAUUACCAAUUUGGAAACGACAUUGACCUACCAGACUGCUCAAAUCGCUCAAUUGAAAGAAGAGCUGGAGGCAGAGAAGUCGAGCAAGCAUGAGGCGGAGAAGCAAGCUGGAUUUCAUCAAGAAGAGCUGGAACUUCGAGAAAUCGCCAAUCACGAGGAAACUGCUGAGAUGGAGUCAAUCAUCGAAGACUUUGAGAUCAAGACUCUGAGACACCAGGAUGCCAUCGAAGCCCGUGACAGAGUCAUUAGACCACUUCGAUGCGCAGUCGCCAUAUUCGCCAUGGAACUCAAAGAACUCCGCAGAGAGACGGCGGAAAGCAGUACUGCCGUGUCAAAAGUCUUCCAGGACCAGCAACAACAGCUCCAAGAGCUCGAGCAAAAGGAAGAACGUCAUCGGAUGGAGAGGGCAGACCAGAAACGACGUCUCGAACAGCUCGAACAACUAAAUGAGAUACUGGCAGCCCAACUCCAGAGCGCGAAGGUUCCACUGGAAAAAUCGAUGAGUCUUAUGGACAAGUUGGAGGCUCGGUCAGAGUGUCCGUAUAAAUCUGGUGGAGAGGCAGACGCGGAUGAAGAGGACAAUGCGGAGGAUCUCAGCACGGAACCGGAGGAGACAAGGCUUGAAGAGAAUAGUGAGCAACAGCAUAUCAGAUUCUCUGAGGAGAUGGAGGACGGCGGGCACAGCGAUGAUGAGGAUGGUACUCUGGAGCCUAGCGAGCCUGAGUAUGUAAUUGUUGACGGGCGGAACGAAUUGAGAGCUUGGAAUGGGUCGGCUAGAAGGGGGAAUUCACUCCCCAAGAGAACAGUCGAUUGGGACGAAGAGAGCUGGAGCUAA